UUUAAUUUUGAAAUUGUGUACGGCCACGACUAUGAACCAUACUAGAGAAUCAGCUGAGUGUUUAUUCUCUGAUUUCACUAGAUGGUUACCUAACUAUUAUACGUAGACAGAUAUAGGACUGCUGCAACGUAAACGUUGCGAAUCAAAAUACGCAAGCGAUGGACGUUGAAAUCGAAGGAAGUAUUGCCCUGGAAAAUUUGGAUAGAGUUUGUCGGGUCUGUCUCUCUACGGAUGGAAAUAACCAAUACAUAUUUCAAGAUGAUAUUGGGGAAAAGGAAGUGGGUGAUACUUUUACGCUGUCCCAAAAACUCCAGGUUUACGGUGGCAUAGAGAUCUGGAAAGAUGAUGGGCUUCCAAGCAAAAUUUGCACCCCUUGCAUUUCCAAAAUUAGAGUUGCACAUGAUUUUCGCGACCAAUGUCAAAAGGCUGAUGAAAAGCUACGGAUACUGUGCGGAAAAUCACCUGGAAAAGGGAAUCUCCAAGGGUCAAAAUUUGAUAGUUUCAAGGAUCAAGACUGUCAAACAGAUACAUCUUCGCUGUGUACUCCUGUUAAAAAAGAACUCAGCUCAGCAGUGAAGGAAGACUUUGACAAAAUCAAAAAAGAAAACAUUUUAAAUACUAACUCAUAUCCGAAUUCAGUCACAAGCACAGAGGCUCUUCGGGAUACCUGUCAAGAAGAUAUAGAGAUUCAUGAACACAAAAUUCUUCUAGCUGACGAUCUUGGGCCAUGUCGAUCGAUAGAGAAAGAAAAAACCUCUUUCAAAAAAGAUUCAGCGUGUAGAUCGAGAAGGAUCGCUGUGUUUAAGAGAAUCACUUCUAUUCAAAAUUUGAAGAGUCACAGAGAAAGACAGAGACAAUACAUUAAAAAAAAUCCUACCUCACGAUCAGAAUCUAAUGACCAAGAGUUCAGUAACCGAAAUAUACGGAAAAGAGCAAUCAGGCCUGCAAUCAUAAAUUUUCAGGCUGAAUUCUCCCAUAAAUGUAAUAAAUGCAGCAGAUCUUAUGCAACGAAAACGUCGUUGGAAAGGCACAUGUUGACUCACAAUGACAAGAAAUUCAAAUGUGAUAAAUGUCGUAAACAUUUUGUCAGACUUGAUAAGUUGAUAGAACAUGGAAAGCUGCACGAUCCAGAAGUCAGACCUAAUCCAGUGUCCUGUAAAAUAUGCGAUAAAAACUUUAGAAAAACAGAUACUAUGGUCAGGCAUCUGAACGUCCAUAAAAAAGCUAAUCCUAAAGAAGUUUUUUCAAUUUUAAAAGAUAUCAGAGACAAAAGGAGAUCUGAAGAUGCAGGAAAACAUGAAAAGAGACUACUCACUAAGGAAGAAAGCAGCAGUGGAGAUGAAACUGAAACUAUGGAAACUAGCGGACUUGUUCCAAAGUCAACUAACAGUCGAGCCUAUAAUCCAGAAUCACCCAACUCGGAUUCGCAUAGUUCAAGUGAGCCAUAUUCGUUGAAUAGUUUGGCUUUUUACAGAUGUAAACAUUGUACUAAGUGUUACUCAACAAACAAAUCUCUACAAAGACACAUGUUGAUACAUGAUGAAAAAAAAUUUGUCUGCAACGUUUGUAACAUGAAAUUCUUUAGACCAGACAGACUCAAGAGCCAUAGGGACAGAUACGGUCAUGACGAGGAUAAAGAGUGUAUGGAGCCCCAGAAGCCACCUGACGAUAAAUCAGCAAUUAAAUUAAUAAAUAGUUGGAUACGAGAACAGCUAGAUUCAGAUAACGAAGGGAAGGGAUUCCCGUGUGAUGUAUGUGGUAAAUCUUAUGUGACAAAAAAAUCUCUUCAAAAACACAGAGCAAAUAUGCAUGCCAGUAAGACCAACAUUUGCACUGUAUGUGGAGAAGAUUGCAAGUGCUUGGAAAAAUCAAAUAAUGACGAUAAUAAGAUAGACAAAUCUAAGCCUUACAGCUGUGACGAAUGUGAUAAGUCCUUUGAAAAGGAAUCUAAACUCAAAACGCACCUAAGAAUUCAUGAACGAGCUAAAGAACAACAGGAUUCAAAUUUCAAACGAUUUCUGUGUCAUAUUUGCAGUAAAACCUUUAGACAAAAUACUGGACUUAUGUUUCAUAUGCGAACACAUACUGGCUACAAACCACACGUAUGCAAAUACUGUGGGAGAGGUUUCACGUCAAACUCAAACUGCAUUAAUCAUGAGAGAACUCACACUGGUGACCGGCCAUUUGUUUGUCAUUUUUGUAGUGCUGCUUUUGCAAAAUCUUGUACACUGAAGGCGCAUAUUACAACUCACACCGGGGAAGCCAACUACCACUGUAAAACAUGUGGGAAGUCGUUCCGCAGAUUAAAGUAUCUGAAAGAGCACAGUUUCACUCACACAGGAGAAAAACCAUACGCUUGUAAAAUUUGUGGAACUGCUUACAGCCAUUCUGGUAGUUUAUUUGUCCAUGAGAAGAAAUGCAAAGCUCAAUACAGCAAUUAUCAAAAUGUGUCCAGUCAAAAUACACAAAACUAUGUGCAAUUGCAAACUGGUGUGAAUGUAUCACCUAUUGUUGCCCCCAUAAUUCCUAUGUUGUCUGCUUCUAGUAAUUUGAAUAAUGUGAAUAAUACUCUGGGAUCUCAUGGUCAGAAAAGUUACAUAGAAAAUAUGCAGAGAAUGAGUGCACAUGCGGCUGCAGCAGCAGCUGUUGGAAAUCCAGGGUUGCACAUGCAUUCUAAUUCCGAUGUGUCAGAAAUGGCUUCUGCUGUGAGGAGUUUUACCAUUACACAAGUUUUUCACUCGUAAUCGCCACAAGUUGAACAAAAGUUUCACGCUUCUGAUAAUGGACAGAAGUAAAAUAUUGCGUGAAACCAGUAAACUGUUUCUGUGAUAAGAUAUAUUUUUUUGGGAUAUUAUACUCCAUGAUUUAUAAUUUCUCAAAAAGUAUUAUGAUAACAAGUUUUAAAAACUAAGUGAAGAUUAGGUACAGAUUAGUAAUGCGAUUACAUUUUAAAUGUAAAUAUCAUAUCUUCAGUUUUUACUUUCAUUUGAACCAAUAAUCGAAAGUAGCAGGCAAGGUAAUCUAUCUCAUGCUGAGAGAUAAUUGGGAGAUGUAUAAAGUUAUAUUUUAUCACUGAAAACGCGUACUGAUAUUGUCAUUUAGUAUUUAUAUUGGAGAGAACUUUACGAAUCACUGUUUCACCAUAUAUGCCCUGUUAUUGUUUUGAUAACUUUUAUCCAUUAUGGGGAUAUUCGCCUCUGUAAAUUAGUGAAAAUGAAAUCGUCCAAAAAUUUUUAUAGCAGUCUUAUAUUGAUCUUCAAAACACAAUGAGCAAUGUAAUUUGCAGUACAUCGGAUAAGAUGAAUAAAGAUAAUUAAUGCAGAA